AUGCUGGGCGGCAUCCCCCAGUCGAUGGUUCCGACCAUCCGAGGCGCGUAUACUCGUCUCAGACCAACGUCGCCCUGUCGAGUCCGCGCCGACGUGCAAGUGAUCGUCAACAAUCCCAAGAAUCAGCGCGCGCCGCCCCCGGGAGGCCUGACGACGGAGCAGCGGCGCAUCUUGCAGCACUUCUCUGCUGUGGACCACCAGCUCGGAGUGGGGGUCCCUGGCGACGCCUUUGGACCGUUCCAGCCCCCCGUGGUGCCGUUCACAUCCCAGGCGCCCGGCUCCUUCGGAACGUUCCAGCAGCCGGCCCACAUGCAGUACGCAGCGGGGAUGGCAUCCCCUGCUGUUGGAGCGCAGCAUGGAGGCUGGCUGCAACAGAUGCCGGCCCCCGUGCGAGACACGAACCGCGGCACCGGCGCAGUGCGUUUUGCGGUCCUCGAGACGAUCAUCGACGAGGGCGCCGGCACGCGCUGA